AUGGGGAGCUGGCAUAAUAGUGUAAGAGUUUGGAAUUUCAAAUGGAGAAGAGCUCUUAGUGUUCGGGAGGCGUGCUUGGUAGAUGAGUUGAGGUGUGAGCUGGCUAAUGUGGGCUUGGUGGCUGGCAGCAGUGACCGGUGGGUGUGGAGGGAAGAAAGUAAUGGUCUGUACUCAGUGUGUUCAGCUUAUAAACUGCUUCAAGGGGAAUAUGCUGCCAAGUUGGAAGCUUUGUCCAAACAUUUUCGCUUCUUCCAGACGCAAGUGGAUGAGGCUUACCUCUGCAACAGUUUCUUAAGGGGUCUGAAGAAUGAGAUUGAGAAAGCUGUCAGGCCGCUGGGGAUCAAGGUUUAUCAACAGGUGGUUGAGAAUGCCCGAGAAGUGGAAUCAAUGGAGAACAGACAGAGGGGCCGACCUGAUAAUGGAGGACCAGUUCGUUCAGGACAGAGUCAACAAGGAAGGUACAGUGGUCAGAAACCAGCUGGAAGAUUUGACAAGGGCAAGGCGCCGCUAAGAAAGCCUUAUCCGCGUCCUGCUGACAGGGUACCAUUUGCUGGAAGGGGUUCAGCACCUGCUCCUAAGGAUGAUGUUGUUUGCUUCAAGUGCAACCAAAAGGGGCACUAUGCAAAUGAAUGUGGAAAAGAGAUCGUAUGCUGGAAGUGUCAGAAACCAGGGCACGUUGAAAGAAACUGCCCCAAUGCUGCAAAGGUCGAGCCAGUUUUGAAUACGGAUAGAGGAAGGCGACCAUCUACUCCAGGUCGUGUAUUCGCAAUCUCUAGCGAACAAGCUGCAGUGGCAGAUGAUCUUAUCCAGGGUAUGUGUACUAUUGCUGGAAAUUCUUUAAUGGUCUUAUUCGAUUAUGGCGCUACACACUCAUUCAUUGCUGAGGAGUGUGUGAAGAGGUUAGGAUUGCUAACUGCUGAUUUACCGUUCGAUUUGGUGGUGAUGACCCCUGCCGCCGAUCGAUUAGUUACGUGCACGACAUGCUUGCAAUGUCCGUUGAUCUACGAUGAUCGGAAGUUCUUUGCGAACCUCGUCUGCUUAGGGCUCAAGGAGCUCGAUGUGAUCAUGGGAAUGGAUUGGUUGGCACAGUAUCACGUUCUCUUGGACUGUGCUAACAAAGUCGUAGUCUUUCCGGAUUCAGGUGUUACGGAUUACUUGAAUUCGUACACCUUGGGAAAGAGUUCACCAGCAUUCGUGAAUUCUAUUGUAGCGGAAGCGAAGAACGACGACGAUGUGCGCAACGUUUAG